UCAUCAACAGAGGAAUAUACCAAAUUCCUUUCCACAUAAACAGAACAAUCCAUAUCCACGGAUAGUUUUGCCUCCACGAGAUUCCGUCUCCCAAUCCGCGAUGACCUUACGAAUGUGCCGCAACGGCGCUUCUUCGCCCAAAGCAUAUAUAGUUUGACUGCAAACCAGAAAACCCAUUUCGUGAAGGCAAAGCUUGUACAUAAAAGCAGAGGGGUUUUCUCUAAUUGCACCAUCAGAGCGGGACAGAAAAGGAUCGGAGGGAAGCUGGGGCCGAUCGCAAUGGGUUCAAGAUGCUUUGCUCCUAUCAUAUUUCUGUCACUGGUGGCUGUGUGUGCUGCAAGGCCACUUUACCCUCUACCCAGCAAGUUAGCUCAGGGUGCCAAACAGCCUCUACAGACUUCUCGGCCUUAUAAUAUUGCGCAUCGAGGAUCGAAUGGAGAAAUCCCUGAAGAAACAGGACCUGCUUACAUGAGAGCCAUCGAAGAGGGAGCAGAUUUCAUAGAAGGUGACAUCCUAGCUACUAAAGAUGGUGUUCUAGUCUGCGCACAUGAUCUCACACUUGAUAACACCACCGAUGUUAAGGAGCACAAGAAGUUUGCUGAUAGGAAAAGGACCUAUAUGGUUCAAGGGUCAAAUAUGACAGGCUAUUUCAUUGCUGAUUUUACUCUUGAAGAACUGAAGACAUUGCGGACAAAGCAGAGGCUCGAUUUCAGGGAUAAACAAUAUAAUGGAAAAUAUCCUAUUAUCACCUUUGAAGAGUACAUUUCAAUUGCACUGGAUGCUCCAAGAGUGGUAGGGAUAUAUCCUGAGAUGAAGAACCCAGUGUUCAACAACGAGCAUGUAAAAUGGUCUGGUGGUCGACGAUAUGAAGACGUUUUCAUGGAGACACUUCAGAAGUAUGGUUACAAAGGUUCAUACUUGUCAAAAGAUUGGCUGAAACAACCAGUGUUUAUUCAGUCUUUUGCCCCAACUUCACUUGUGUAUGUCUCAAACUUGACCGAUAUCCCAUUGCUCUUCCUCAUUGACGACGUCACUGUUGUAACUGAGGAUACCAAUCAGACUUACACAGAAAUCACCUCGGAUGCAUAUCUGAACUACAUUAAGAAUUAUGUGGUGGGGAUUGGACCUUGGAAAGAUACUAUAGUCCCUGUUGUGAAUGAAUAUCUGCAAGCACCUACAGAUCUAGUCGCAAGAGCACAUGCCCGUAACCUGCAGGUGCAUCCCUACACUUACAGAAAUGAAAACAAGUACUUGCACUUCGACUUUCAUCAAGACCCUUACCAAGAAUAUGAUUAUUGGAUCAACAAAAUAGGAGUCGAUGGACUGUUCACGGAUUUCACAGGAAGCCUUCACAGGUAUCAGGAAGCUUCAUCACCUCUUCCUAAUGCCAAGGCAUCUUCAGUGCUGCACAAGGUAGCUGCUUUGGUCUCUUCCUACAAAAAUGGAUGAGAAUGAAGGUCCAAAGGAGCUCGAAAAGUAGGAUACUGUUUGUUUCCGAUCGGUUUCUUUACAAGAUUUGUUCAUUCACGUUGUGUAUAGGGUUAUUGAAGGACCACAUUUAAGAAAAGAAAAAAACUAGCAGUGAUCAUUGUUGUGGCAGUCGGUCAUUUAUUUAUGCUCUUUAAGGGAGACAGAUUAUGCCUCAAUUCUUGGUAACCAUAAGGCAAAGCAAUCCUGUUCCUGUAAGCUUCCAGUUUUUCUUUUCUUAUUUUGGUCCAAUAGAGAACAAACAACUGGGGUCUGGGACUUUGAGGGUAUAUCCAAGUCUCUCGACUCAAACAUUUAUCAGAACUCGUAGCAUUGGAAAGAAUGAAAAGUUCAUUGUAGCUUUACCAUCCCCUCAUAUAAAAUGCUGAAAGCUAGGAAAUGUAUUUAUAAACUCAUUUUGUUGCUUCAUUGAGAUGACUGCUGAAACAAAGGAUCGAUGAUUAGCAGGAGCAAGAGGGUUGAAGAAAAGGACUACUGGUUUCUGUUCUUUCUUUUUUUUCCUUGCAUAUAUGUUGAAUUGUUGUGGUUUGGGGUGUCAGUUCGGGUCGGGUUCGGUUACCCGAACCGAAACCUAAAAAAACCCGAAAACCCGAAACCGAAAAUCACUAAAACCGAACCCGAACUCGAUAAGGACUUGCGGGUUUCGGUUACCCGAAACCCGAAAAUUCCUUGUUGGGUUCGGUUAAAGCAAAAUCAAAACCCUAAAACCCGAACUCCUAAAAAUACGGGUUGAGUUCUAUUCAUUGGAGGUUUUUAGCCGGAACCCGAAAAACCGAUAAGCAAAACCGAACCGAAACCGAAAAGCCCGAAACCCGAAACAAACCCGAACCCAAAAAACCGAAAAUGUAUAUAAUCGGGUCGGUUUUGGGUAAACCCGAAAAUCCGAACCCGAAUGGAUACCCCUAGUUGUGGUGGCUGCGCUUAGCGGCGGGGGUGUUUGUUAAUUAGGUAAUGGAUCAGGCCAGUAACCUUAUGGUGAGUAACCAUGAGUAACCAGCCCACAUCAGCAUGACAUCAGCAUCCCUCUCUCUCUCUUGGAAAGUCUUUAAUUUUUCCCUCCUUAAUCUUUUACGGACUAUUUCUCACUCGUUUUAAGUCGAAAUUUAAUUUUUUUUUUCACAGUUAGAUCAGAUUAAUUGUGCUCUUCAAAAUGAUAUCCACUUUGAUAUAUUUUUCGAACAAAAAAAAUUGAGUCAUUUUUUACCAGUCUAUACCAUAUGGUAUUGACUGGUAUUGAAAUAAGAGCAUACCCAUGGUUUGAAAAGCGUACCAUGGUGGUAUGAACAAACCAAGACUGUAGGAUGGUUGAAUACAUGAUAGUAGAAGUAUAUUAACUGUUAGGGCUAAUACCACUACAACACCCGAACUAUCUCGAAAAUGCCACUUGUGUCCUAUUGUUUCCAAUAUUCCAUCUGUGUCCUGAACUAUGAUACUUUGUGCCAUUUGUAUCCUGGCGAUUUCGUUGACUGUUAUCUCUAACGGUUGACCUGACGGUGGUCAAAGAGAUGUUGACUUUUGCUGACAUGGAAGAAAACGUGGCAUCCACGUAGAUGCCACAUCAUACCACAUAUACUUUUUAAUUCAAAAUCAAAAUAAAAUGCAAAAUAAUUA